CCUUCAAAAACCUUUGUAAAAGAGGUUUGAAGUUAGACGUCUCCUUGUUUCUUCUCAAACAGAAACUGAAUACGAGGCUAAUCCAACCCAAGAGAAUAGGGAAAGAAUGCAGAAAGCCAAUGCUGAGCUCAUCCUUGCAACCAAGUUGGAGGUACAAUACUGGAAACAGAAGGCAAACAUCAGGUGGUUAGAAAAGGGAGACUCCAAUUCCAAAAUUUUUCAAGCAUAUGCCAAGGGGAAGAGAAAGAAACUCUCAAUAUCUCACAUCAUCAAACCCAAUGGCACAGGCACAAAAAAUCUCACAGAAAUCAAAGCUGAAGCCAUAUCCUACUUUGAAAAUACUUUCAGGAAAUCUCACUCCCCCUCUUUUGAUCCAAUUAUCUCUCUUAUCCCACAGAUUAUUACAGUAGAAGACAACACCUUUUUAUGUGCCACCCCUUCCAUGGAAGAGGUCCAAAAGGCAGUCUGGGAUUUGGAUGGGAGCAGCGCUGGAGGGCCUGAUGGUUUCAAUGGAAACUUUUUCAAAUCUGCCUGGGAGACAAUUAAGCAGGAUGUUUUGAUAGCUUCUCAAGAUUUCUUCAUGGGGCAACAUAUUCCAAAAGCUUAUGGAAGCACCUUUCUAACCCUCAUUCCUAAAAUAGAAAACCCAAAGAGAUUUGAGGAUUAUAGACCAAUCUCCCUGUCCACAUUCAUGAGCAAGAUUAAUACAAAAAUCCUGGCCAACAGGCUAAACACCCUCCUACCCAAACUGAUCUCCAAGGAGCAAGCAACAUUUCAAAAGGGAAAAUCAAUUGAUGAUCACAUCCUCAUGGCACAGGAGGCAGUUCACCUUUUGGAUAAAAAAGUGUAUGGAGGUACUCUAAUCAUCAAAUUGGACAUGGCAAAAGCUUUUGAUAAACUUGACUGGGAAUACUUAGAGGCCCUACUUUUGAGAUUUGGAUUCAACAGUCUAUCAACUUCCCUCUUAAUGGCCAACUUAAAAGGGACCUUCUUCAAUAUACUCAUCAAUGGAGAGCCAUCAGGAUUUUUCAAAAUGGAGAGGGGGGUAAAACAAGGAGAUCCACUCUCACCCCUUCUUUUCAUCCUAGCAGCAGAAGGUUUUAGUAGAAUCAUCAAUAUGCAGAUGGACACUAACCACCUGCUCAGAUUCAACUCAGGCCAGGUCCUAUUUCCCUCCCACCUUAUUUAUGCUGAUGACAUUAUAAUCUUUUCCAGGGGAGACAAUAGAAAUCUGCUCAAACUCAAGGUCACUCUAGAUAUAUACCUCAAGGCUACUGGGCAAGAGAUCAACCUUAACAAGAGCAGAUUCUACACAUCAAAGCACACAACCAGCUCCCAAAAUCAAAACAUGGAGAAGGCUCUAGGAAUCAAAAGAGGGAACCUACCUUUUACCUAUCUGGGAGCUCCUAUCUGUAAAGGGAUUCUGAGAAAAGAGCACUGCAAAGAUAUCUUGGGACAUUUUGAAAAACUUAUUCACUCUUGGUACAGCAAGACUCUCAACCAGAUGGGUAGACUUAUACUAAUAAAACAUGUUCUAUCUUCAAUCCCAUUACAUACCCUUGCUGUCCACACCAUUCCCAAAUCAAUCAUCCACACCCUCAAUAGAUACAUGGCCAACUUUUUGUGGGGACAAAAGGAAGGAUCCCAUAAACACCACUGGGUUAGAUGUGCACAAAUAACAAAACCUGAGGUAGAGGGAGGGCUGGGGAUCAAAAGCUUAAAGGACCUACAACAAGCAUACACCCUUAAACUUUGGUGGAAGGCAAGAAAUGACAUUGGGAUAUGGGGGCCCUAUGUGAGAGCCAGGUAUAUGAAAACAGGAAUCAUGAAGGAAAGGAUCACUGACUCUCCAUCAUGGAAAAGGAUUUGCAGAUCUAAUGAUCUGGCAACAUCCCAUACCACCACUACUAGUUCAGGCUUGCUUUGGGAAAGAGGAAACUUCAGCCUCAAGAGUGCUUUCAACAUGGUCCAGGGAAGUGGGACAAACAUAUUAUCCUGUAAAUACAUUUGGCACAGCUCAAACAUCCCAAAAAUCAAGAUCUUCUUGUGGAGACUUCUAAAGAGUGCCCUUCCUUUCCCUAAAAACCUAUGCUGUUUCAUGGCAGCCCUUCCCAGUUUCUGUCCUCUUUGCCAUAAAGAUAAUGAUGACAUUGAUCACUCCAUGCUCCACUGUCCAACUGCAAAAGAGGUAUGGAACUUCAUGGCUUCCAUUUCCAACGGCCCAAGGGUUAAGGAGAACACCACAUUACGUCAACAUCUUCUUGCAUGGUGGUUUGGUAACAACACUAAACACUUCAGAGGUUUGCCUUGUCGGCAUGCCGUUAGGUGUAUUCUAAGGAACAACAAGAACUUGGAAGCCUACUGCUCCCCAUGGUUUUUUAUUGAGAACUAUAGAGGCCUGAUGAAAGUCCAGGUCAAGCCCGAGGAGACUGACGACCUGGCCGCUUGGGAAACCACUCUCCGGGCCGGGGACGCCUCCACCCGCGGCCCUUGCAACGUCGGGAAGUGGGGGGUUUACCCUGGCCGGGAGACAUAUCCCGAGCCGGAAAUCAUUCUGGCUGAGGCGAUCCCAAAUGCCAUCCCCAUCCACCGUGUGAAGGGAUCAAAAGCCCCGGCUUCUACCGCCAUCGGUUCCUCGCGCCCGUGGAAGAAGGAGAAAGUGGUGAAGUUCAGUUCAAAAUUCGCCAACCCCCAGCUCGUCACCGAGGAGCCUUCUACUACCCAGCCCCUCAUCCAGCCCUCCGGCCAGCCAUUCUCUUUGGAUGAGCAGCCGGCCCAAUCUCACCAGGGCACGAGCCAGCCCAUCCACUCCAGGGAGCUCUACAUCAACGUAAACACCAUGGAGUUUGAUAACAUGCUUAUGGAGACCGGUCACACCAUAGAGGCCGGUUUGCGUGGCCAACAAAUUGAGGGGGGCCACGGCGAAGAAGAAGCUGCUGAGGAGGCUCUUCAAAGGAAGAGGCAGAGGACUGAGGUUGUGGACCAACCGGCCCAGUCCUCCGACGCUGGCAAACUGCGUGCCAAACCCCGGCCGUUCGCCCUGAUGGUCCGGUCCGAUGAGGAGCUCUAUCAAGCCUUCUGCUCUGGUUUACAAGAGGUCGGCCGGAUCAGCCUAGAGUAUUUCACCCGGCUGGUGAAAUCCAAGGAGGAGGAGAAGGCCCGGCUAGAGGGAAUGAUGGUGGCUUGCCGGAAAGAUGCCCAGGCAGCCCAUCAGAAGGCCGGAAAGGCCGAGGAGAAGUUGCUGGAGCACUGAGCGGCCUUCCACAAGCUCUACGCCAAACACGAAGAAUUGCUCAAGGCUUCCAAAGAGGCCGAUGCCCAAGCUCAGGAACAGAU